CUGGAUCUGGUUCACGACAAUUGGAGCCACAGAUCGGCCGAGCUUCUCCUUAUCCCCAAAUUGAGUAUCGUCGACCAAAUCGACCAAGAGGAUCAUUCGUCUUACUGCGGUGUGGAGCUGCAUCUUCAGUUCUUUGGUAGCUCCACACCGACCUAAUCCUCUUUCCUGCUGCAUCGACCAAGAGGUGAAUGCAGGACUUCAUUUUUUUCAAGCUGGCAGGACAUGGACCGUGCAAGAGUGGCGCCUAGGCCCUUACCAUUCCAUUUAUUAGAAGAAAUCACGGAUGGUUUCUCCGAGGAGCGAAAACUUGGUGCUGGUGCGUAUGGAAGUGUUUACAAGGGACAGCAUAAAAAUGGGGAAAUUAUUGCCAUCAAGAAGCUUCAUUCUAUGCCAGAACUUAAUAACCAACAAUUCCAAAAGGAAUAUCUUAAUCUUGCAACUCUCCAGCAUCAGAAUAUUGUGAGGUUACUUGGUUAUUGCCAUGAAACUCGUGGAGAAUACAUAGAGUUCAAUGGAAGGACGAUUUUUGCUGAAAACCAACACAUGGCGCUGUGCUUUGAGUACAUGUGCAACGGAAGUCUUGACAACUGUCUUCAAGAUGAAUCAAGUGGACAUGAUUGGAAGACACGCUAUAAAAUAAUUAAAGGCAUAUGCAAGGGUUUGAAAUACCUCCAUGAGGAACUAAAUCCUCCAGUUUACCAUUUGGACUUGAAGCCGGCCAAUAUAUUGCUGGAUGAGCAAAUGAACCCCAAAAUUGCAGAUUUUGGAUUGUCGAAAUUCUUUGGAGAUGAACGAACACGUGUAUCAGCCAGCGCCAUUGGAACAAUUGGGUACCUGCCGCCGGAGUACAUAAAUUCUAGUCUUGUCUCAAAUAAAUUGGAUGUAUUUAGCUUAGGGGUAAUAAUCAUAAAGACAAUGACGGGACGCUUGGGCUACUCCCAAAGUGCUGAAAUGCCUUCUGAAGAGUUCAUUGAUCUCGUACAAGAGAAGUGGAAAAAUAGGAUACAAGGGGCAUCAACUGAUGAUAUUGAUUCAUGCGCCGAACUUGUGAAGACAUGCAUCAAGAUAGCUCUGAAUUGUGUUGACGCCGAUCGACACAAAAGGCCCAAUAUAGGAGACAUUAUCAGGGAGCUGGAUGAGACCGAGAUUAUGACACAGUUUUCUCAAGCAUUAACAAUUGACACCGGGUCUACGUCGUUGGACGAGCAGGAUGAGAGUGGAUUCCUGGAGGUUCAUCCUCACCAGCUUCGUUUUCCCUUCUUCGAGCUAAACAAGGCCAUUUGCCCUCUCCUCUUAAGUAACAGCACAGAAGAUAAUGUUGCCUUCAGAAUUCUCUCCGAGAACCACAUGGAGGAACUUUCGGAGCUGAGCGGCGUUGUGCCACCAAGGUCCACCCAAACCUACUGGUUAGUGAUGAAAAAGCAGCCUCCCGCGAACACGAGCGAGUUUGCUGUGACCCUGGAGAGCUGCAUAGCGCACGAGGACAUAGCAGACGGGGACGACCAGUUCUUACCGGAAGUCCUAGAACUAACUCAAGGCAACAAGGUGCAUAAGGUGACAUUAAUGGCGGUCACCUCUGAGCGGACGCGAUCAGGAGUAACCAAGGUCAUAUACCGGGUGGAUGCUGCUGUGCCUGUGGAUCAUCAUUUAACACAAAUAGAUGUGCAUCCAACAGAGCCAUGGAUUUUGGCAAGUCAUCGCCGUGGCGGUGUCUCAAUCUGGAACUACGAGACCCAGGAAAGAGUGAUGAGGUUGAAAAAUCUGGCUCCCACAGACAUGAUGCGUAGCGUCAAGUUCAUAGCGCGCAAGCGCUGGUUCAUGGCAGGCGACUUUCACGGGUGGAUCCAUGUGCACUCGUUCGCGAUGAACGACGAGGUGACGAAAUUCAAGGGGCAUGACGGCGUAGUCAUUUCACUGGUGGUUCAUCCAAGCGACCCUCUAGUGGUGUCAUCCUCUGUCGAUCGCCAUAUCAAGCUCUGGAACUGGGAGGCUGGCUGGAGGUGCGUCCGGAAACUCAAGGCGCACUUGAACAACGUGGAGAAAGUUGUGUUUAACCCCUGGGAUAGCAACUGCUUGGCUAGCGUCGGCAUGGACAACAUGCUCAAGAUCUGGAAAAUUUCUUCACCACUUCCUGUCACCGUACUGGACUGCGACGAGCAUCAGCUCACUGUUGAUUAUUUUCAUCCGGGUGGCGACCGGCAGUACAUUGUCACCGGAUCCGUGUCCGGGAAAGCUCGAAUCUGGGAUGUGAAGACAAAUACGUGCAUUCGACAAAUCAGUGGGCUCCAAACUGAUAACAGCCGAUGCGUUGGUGUGGUACGUCCAGACUGUCCAUUGCUAGUCAUGACUUUACAGGGAAAUGUUACUUCUUUGUACAACUUCGAUACUGAUUGCUACGAGAACUCGAUUGACUUCAAACUUGGAGAUGUCUUAAAUUUCGCUUACGCGGAGGGCAUAAAAAGUGUCGUGAUCGGAUUUUUUGGAGGAAUAGCAAUGAUGAAAAUCAAUUGAUUUCCAUCAAGUAUCAAGACAAAACUGCAAAAGUUAAGUACGCAUGGAUGAAAUGUAGACGGGGUUUGGGAUGCCAGCACAACACAAGAGUCAAGCCGUUGAUUUGUACUCAACAAAGAUUUGUGUUAUCUAAAUAUGAGCUCUUUUACGUUAAUUGGAGAGUUAUCAUUUGUAAUUUCAUGUAACCCCCUCUUUGAUUAUU